AUGAAACAGUUUGGGUUAGCAGCAUUCGAUCAAUUAAAGGAUGGAAAGUACAAUAAUGUGAAUAAAACCAUACUAGAAAAGCAAUCAAUCGAAUUAAAGGAUCAGUUAAACGUCUUCCAAGAACGGCUCGUAGAAUUUGCAAAAAAACAUAAUAAUGAGCUCCAAGCGUCUCCAGAAUUUCGCUCAAAGUUUAUGCAUAUGUGCUCAUCGAUUGGAAUUGACCCUUUAUCUUUGUUUGAUCGAGAUAAACAUUUAUUUACAGUUAAUGACUUCUAUUAUGAAAUAUGUCUAAAAGUUAUAGAAAUCUGUCGGCAAACUAAAGAUAUGAAUGGAGGCGUCAUUUCCUAUGAAGAACUGGAAAAAGUGCAUUUUCGAAAGCUGAAAGUAGGAAUUGAUGAUUUGGAAAAGUCUAUCGAUAUGCUGAAAAGCCUAGAAUGUUUUGAGAUAUUUCAAAUUCGUGGGAAGAAAUUUUUGCGUAGCGUUCCAAAUGAGCUUACGUCUGAUCAAACUAAGAUCUUGGAGAUCUGCUCUAUUUUAGGUUACUCGAGUAUUUCCUUGUUGAGAGCAAAUUUGGAAUGGGAAGCCGUGAGGAGCAAAUCAGCUCUAGAUGAGAUGGUCGCCAACGGUUUACUGUGGAUAGAUUACCAAGGUGGUGUAGAGGCAUUAUAUUGGGACCCCUCCUGGAUUACCAAGCAACUGUGA